CAGACAGGCUGUCAGCUAUGCGGCGUUACAUUCAACAUUAAUCGCAUCAGGACUCGUAGCGAGCCUCGCAGCUCUGCGUGGGGGAAUUCUUAUACCAGCAAGCACAACAGCCGGGAAUGGGUUGCGCUCUCUGGUGGCGAUGCGCAGGAAUGUCCAGAUGGCGGUUGUGCUUCUGUCUACCGAGGGCGGCCACCUGGGGAGCUGAAGUUUUGCUUGCGC